AUGGUCAAGGUUGUGGACAUUCUCUAUGCGAAACGAGGUAAGGAGAAAACACCUAUAAAGCCUAUCUUUAUAUCUGUUGAUCCGGAGCGCGAUACAGUACAGAGAGUGAAGGAAUAUUAUGCUAAAAAAAGCACACCAAAAUCAAAAGGUUUCACUGGAUCAGUAGAACAGGUGAACAAAGUCGCGAAAACAUUUCGGGUUUAUCACAGUCAAGGGCCUCGUACUGGAAAAGACGAGGAUGAUUAUAUCGUUGAUCACGCUGUCACCACAUAUCACAUAUCGAUCCUGAUGGACUUUUCCAUGAAUACUACGGUCAGGCAAACAGCCGGCGAGAUCGCCAAUGUUGUUGAAAGAAAGACGCUCAAGUUCCAUGCUCAUAACAGUAAAGGACUUAAUCAGUCAUUGUUUUCUGGUCUCCCCGGUACUUUCACAUAUUUUGCUUUGCUCAUUGCUGGCAGCUAUUUCUAG